GGGGCCGCGCCGAGGGCGCUCCCGCCGCGGAGCACGGCGCGCCGGAGCACGGGGGCGGCCAUGGCGCCGAGGCCGGAGGAGGCGGGCGGCGGCGAAGGGGAGGCUGCGAGCGCCCCGCCCCGCGGGCCCGGCCGUGAGAUGGCGGCGGUGCUGGCGGGCGGCUCCGGGCGGGCGGUGCGGGAGGCGGCGCGGCGCUCGGCGGUCCGCCCGCCCGCCCCGGGCGGCUGGGGCUGCGCGCCCGCAGGGAAGCGGUAUCUCCUAACAGAAGAACAUAUAAAGUUACAAGAAUUUCAGCAGAUGAAAGUGGCAAUUAGAAAUGAGCUUCAUGGCAGUAAAGAUCAAUAUUUUAAAAACAUUAAAGAAAAACUAAGGAAAAAUGGAAUAAUUCUCAGGAAUGAAUUAAAAAAUUUGCUGCAUUUAUGUCAGACUUCAUCUGAUGUGGAGCUAGCCAGAAAAGUUAUUUACAGGUACCAUGAACAGAAUGGAAUCACAGCCUUACAUAAUUUUAAAUUUGGGCCACUUUUUAUGAGGCUGUGUUACGAGCUAGACCUUGAAAGACCAGCAGUAGAACUUAUCAAAGAUCAGAAUUUGCGUGGUUUUUUCUCAGACAGUACAUCAUUCCAUAUUUUGAUGACUAUGUUGUUUAAAAAGGGCCAUUUUGAAAGUGCUUUGGAAGUUCUGGUAGAAAUGAAAAAACAAGGGAUACCUUUCAACAAAGAAACCUAUCUACUUGCAGUUGCAAUAUGCUAUAAACUGGGCAACCCUGAGUCUGCCAAAAUCUCUGUGAGGCUGCUUGAAGAGGCACAGCUGAAAGGUGACACGUUACCACUGCGAGCAUACUGCUUUGCAAUGGCAACUGCUCUCAAGCAGAACGAUGUAGAGCAAGCCAAAUUGUAUUGUUCCCAGAUAAUGAGAAACGAGAACAAACUAUACAGUAAUCUUAAAGUCCUUGUCCAGCUCAGAUCUGGUUUGCUAAAACAAGUAAUAAAUACAUUAGAGGAAGCAGUGGAAGUAGAUACUCCUCCCUUUGUGAAAAGAACUGAGUUUUCUGAGCAGGUGCUGGCUACAGUCAGGGAAAAGAUGGAAGAGAACCCUGACCUUUCUGUCAAAUUAGGAAAUAUUUGUACGAAACUACAAGCUUCAGGACAGAUAACCAUGUGCACACUGGAAGACAUGCUUUUCCAGAUUCCUAGUUCAAAGAAGACCACUACAAAGCUUUUAAAUCGGAAACAAUCGGGCUAUCAGGGUGCCUAUCCACUUUGGUCAAAUCUGUUGUUAGAAUAGAUCAGUAUUUGAUGCCAAACUGAACUGUUGAUAGCAUCUCUUAUAAUCCAAGUUCAAAUAAAAUGCCUUUUCUUUUUUUACACAGUGAGCAGUUUUAAGUUGUUCGUAUAAAAUUUCAUUUUAAAUACAGAUCGUGUAGGUUCCAUGUUUCAAUUUUGAUCCUGAAAACAAGGUGCAACAGUGGGUAUUUGUGUGUUGUUCAGAAAUGGGAGUGAUAAAAAGGUUUGACUUUUUCCUUAGGCUCUUGUACCAGGAUUUUCCUAUGCUAAAUAUUGUGGAAGUGAAUGGAUGGAAGCAAGCAAAGUAGUAUGAGUAUCUGACCUGACUUAUGUAGUUCAUGAGAAUAAAAUUUGGUCUUCAUCAGAUAGAAUGUUCUAACUGAAAGGAUGGAGGCAGGCAGAUGAAAGAGCAUGGAAGUGCCUGAACUGUUAAUUCAAAGCCUGUAGACCUCAAGAGAAUUAGGGGGGGAAGCAAGCAUCUUUUGUUCACUUUAAUAUCUUUUUCUUCUAAGGAAAUAUAUUAGUCAUUUUUUCAUAUCAACUGGAAUCAUGGAAAUGCCAUGGGAAUUAACAUGGUAGCCAAGUGGUCACUUUCUCACUUGAAGGAGAUUCCUGAUUAAAAAUCACGCCCUGAGCGAGUGACUUCACAAAUUGCUUCCUUGUAAUUUUCUGAUACUAAGAUUCCCAGGAUAAACUAAUCCUGAUGAAAAUUUGCUACUAAGUUAUAAAAGGUUUUUUAGAGCAAUUAUGAUCACAUUUUUAGCUACAAUUACAUCAUCUGAAGUGUUUACCUAUUUUUUGAUUGAAGAAAAAGUAAAAAGAAUCUUCACUUUGUCUAGCUUUAAUGACUCUUGAUCAAAUGUGCUUUAAUGACUCUAGCAAUAAAAAGCUGUUUGUCCUGUAUACCCAAGAAUCUGAACUCAUUAACCAUCUGGAAUAGAAGGAGUUGUAAACAGAUGUACCUUGGCUAGUAUUCUUGUGCCUUUGGGUGCCUUUGCAUGUGAAAUGAUGAACAUGUUGGUAAGAGAACUUGGCAGCCUUGUGAGCACAAGACUAGGUGGAACUCAGCUGGUACUUGCCAAGUUGGGCUGCAUUAUCUCUCCUCUCCCUUAUGUUUAUUUAUUUUGUCUCUGCUCCACUCAAGAGAAUGUCAGAAUUCAGUGUAUAUUUUCUGUGUAUAAAUAUCUGCAUCUGUGUCACUGAAGCCAGUGAGACACAGGAGAAACAAGAACCCAUCCAUGCUUCAAAACAAAUGUGGCUACAGCCAGUGGGAUGUUUCCUUCUGAAGCUCUAACUCUGUAAAUUAUUUCUUUUGUCACAUUGUGUCCUGUUAAUAUUUAAAAUGUACAAAAACUGUUACAAAGUAGAUGGAAUUUCCUGUGAGUGAAAAAUAAUUUGAAGUGUGUAUCACAUUUCUAUGAAUCGUGUGUAUCCUUUUUAUGAUAGGUGACAUAGAGUACUGUAUACAUUAAUUUAAGAAGACAGCUAUAACUUUUUCUGUAAUAUUGUGUAGUAUGUAAUUCCACUUGUAAUUUUCCCUUCGUUGAAAAAUCUUUCAACAUUUCCAAUACUAUGUGGACCCUUGAGAAAUUCCCAAUCUUUUCUCCACAAAUAAAUUUGAUAAGAGAUUUGUAAAGGCUGCUUGCAGUGUGGCAAGGAUUAGUGGCAAAAAAUUUAAAGGAAUUAAUUGCUAUUCAGUUUACUCUGUUUUUAUGGACAAGAAAACCAUCUGGUGUUGUCCAGUAUAAUCGGGACAACCGUUCAGUGUUAAAAGUGUAUAAAUGCCACGUUUUUAAAGGCCAUCAAAGACAGUUUGACCCAUUUAGCCUUACAUAGCAAAUACGUAAGAUCAGUUCUGUUUAUUUUCCUAUCUUGGCAGUUUAAAACUUGUAGUAAUUGCAAGUUGUUGUAUCUUAGAACUGUGCAUGUGUGCUUAUUCAUUCUAAUCAGAAUUGUUUAGGUUCCUAUCUAAGGCUGUAUCCUACCUGCAACUGAAGCAAUCAUAAUUUCUAUUAAAAUUGUCAUUAUACCUGA